AUGUGGGGCCUUAAGCGAAGCGAGGCAACUGUGCCACGGCCGGACCCACCAGACAGCCAGGAGCCUUCGAUAAGCCCGCCACUCCUUCUCCAGGAAACCUUGGACCCAGACAUGGAAGCGUGGCUCACUGAACAUCAGCUGGGCGUGCUGAAGAAUACAUUGGCCUGGCAUGGCUACGUAAGCCUUGGCCUUUUGAAGGACCUCAAUACAGAAGAGGUUGAGGCUGGCAUCUGCGAUCGUGUGGGAUAUUCCUUCGUCACACCUGUUUAG